ACUUUUUACACAUGAAAGGAUAUGACGGCGAAAGGCUUUUGGCAACAUUGUGUAUCAGCUCAGCUGGUCGUGGACCGAAGACCCGAUCCUUCGCGAUCGCCGUGGAAUCUUACUCCAAGGCCGAAGCUCUCUCUGUAAGGUUCCUUCACGAUGUCCACCCACGCCCAACGUCGACAGGUGUUUGGUCACCAGAGGUCUCCCUCCAUGGAGUUCAAGGAGCUGACAAAGAAGGAUGCACAAGUGCAGCUAGCACAUGAAUUGCAGAAGUUGACAAACACUUGCCAGGCUCACCUCAAGGAGACCACACAGAAGGAUUUUGAGGGCUUUGAAAAGCUCUUUAGCCGUUUUAUCAAUGAGGUUGGACCAUCAGUUGAAUGGGAUAACAUCCAGAAACUACAUGAUGGAGCUGUACGGAAAUAUUCUGAGCUAUGUGGACCAGAUUCAUCCCAUGCUCGAGACAUGCUCAACAAGUUAGUUGUGGUGAAGUUGAAUGGUGGCCUGGGUACAUCUAUGGGAUGUCAGGGUCCAAAAUCCAUCAUCCCUGUGCGCUCAGAAUUAACUUUCCUUGAUCUUACUGUACAACAAAUUGAACACCUGAAUAAGCAGUAUGGCUGUGACGUGCCUCUUGUACUGAUGAACUCCUUCAACACUGAUGAAGACACACAGAAAGUCAUCCGCAAAUAUCAGGGAUUUCAGGUAAAAACAUACACGUUCAACCAAUCUCGGUACCCACGUAUCAAUAAGGAAUCUUUGAUGCCAAUUGCCAAGACUUGCAGCAUUGAAUCUGAUUUGGAAGCAUGGUAUCCUCCUGGUCACGGUGACUUCUAUCAAUCAUUUAAGAACUCUGGACUUUUGCAAGAGUUCAUCAACCAGGGCAAAGAAUAUGUCUUUAUCAGCAACAUUGACAACUUGGGAGCAACAGUUGAUCUCAACAUUCUCAACUUCCUUCUUGGUGGUGACAAUAGUGGACACUGUGAGUUUUUGAUGGAGGUUACAGACAAGACAAGGGCUGAUGUUAAGGGUGGUACCUUGAUCCAAAUAAUAAGAUUGAGAUUGCCACCAAAGGAGCAUGUUGACGAUUUCAAGUCUGUCAAGACUUUCAAGAUCUUCAACACCAAUAAUUUGUGGAUUAAAAUUGACGCAAUUGACCAAAUUCUAAGCGAAGGCACAAUGGACAUGGAAGUAAUUAUAAAUAACAAGACACUUGAUAAUGGUUUCAACAUCAUUCAGUUGGAACAGGCUGUUGGUGCUGCCAUAAAAUGCUUCAAUGGAUCAAUUGGUAUCAAUGUACCUCGCUCAAGGUUCUUGCCAGUGAAAAAGACAGAUGACCUGCUGCUAGUUAUGAGCAAUCUUUACAAUCUGCAGUAUGGAACUUUAGCCAUGUCACCCCUACGUAUGUUUGAUACUACACCACUGGUCAAACUUGGCCCCAACCACUUUGGCAAAGUUAAGGAGUUCCUUAAAAGGUUUGCUUCAAUUCCUGAUAUGUUAGAACUGGAUCACUUAACUGUAUCAGGCGAUGUGACAUUUGGCAAAGGAGUUGUUCUUAAGGGCACAGUGAUCAUCAUAGCCAACCACGGAGAUCGUAUUGACAUCCCUCCAGGUGCCAUCUUGGAAAAUAAAAUUGUCUCUGGAAACUUGCGAAUUUUGGACCAUUAGACAAGCCCAGAAUUGCGAACCUAUUCUUUCCAAUUUUUUUCCUUCCAUUUUCAUGUUAUGUAUUGUAAAUAAUGUUCUUGUUAAAAUGCAAUGAGAGUUGAUUUAUGAUAUGAUGAUAACAUGAAUCUUUUAUGAAACAUCACUGCUGUUUGGUUUGUAAAAGCUUUUAUCACAUUGGUUGUUUUUUGCAACCACUCUUCACACACACACACACACACACACACACACACACACACACACACACACACACACACACACACACACACACACACACACACACACACACACACACACACACACACACACACACACACAGGCACAUAUUGACACAUAUGCACAUUGUGUAUAUGAUUUUCCCAUUAUUAUAUUUAGUUUCUGUGAUGUGGUCUAGUAGCAGUGAGUGCCAAAAUUCAGUGCAAUAACCUCAUGAAUCAAAAAGGGCAUUGAUCAUAAAAUGUGAAUACUAUCAUGCAUUUAAAAAAAAACUGUAGUUGUAUCUGACAACAAUGAUGUAUUACACAUUGCACAAUGGUUAAUAAAGAUGCAUUUCGUGUCUGAAUGGCUGAUGUGGCAUUACCCUAUUUCUCAUAUAGAAGAGAAUAUAAAUUAUCAAGUUCAAAUUCUGUGAAAUUAAAAAAUAACAAUAUGAUCAACUGGCAGAAACCCCCCCCAUUGAACUGGCUUUGUGCAGGUUGUCUUGUAUUUCCAAAGGGAUUAAAGCUACAAAGAACAUCUAUUAGUGAUGUUCUUGCAGUGUUAUUUGAAUGGUGUAAUAUUUUUUAUAGCUGAUUUUUAUUGAAAUGAAUUAAUUUUGGCAAGUCUAUUUUGUAAUUUUAUAGGACCUUAAGAAAUUAUAAUCUCACUCUGUUGUCAUUACAGAUUAGAAGGUCAUUAAUUAGAAAAGACUGGAAAAGGUAAAAUAUUUUUUUUACAAUAUUUAAAAUUAUAGAAUGAUUUAUUAAAUAGACUUAGUGUGCUGUCUGUUGUAUGAAUUUGAAAAAUGGGGAUUCGCCCAAUAUUCAAGUAUUGAGUGUUAAUGCUUAUGUCAACUUUGCUCAAUAGAGAUAUAGCUGCAUCCACAUGAUGGGGUUGCAUGGCUACGGCAGGAAGAGCAAGUUAAAAUUGGUCAUCAGGUUGCCGCAACUUUGUGAGCAACCAGUGAAAUGCUUGUUGUUAAAUAAAAGGCCCAGGAAAUGGUCUAGAGUUUCCAACCACAAUGAUCUAAGCUGCUGAUGCUGUAGAUAAUCUGCAAUAACUAUUCAAAUACUGGCUACUGGCUACUGCAAGGCAUUUCAGACUAAUUAUCGACUCAGUCUUGGUGUGAACAAUUGUUAACGGGUAAUCAUUGGGCAUGCCAAUCAUGUGGAUGUGUCUUUAUGAUGCAUAAAAGUGAUUAUGAAAAAAAUAUAAAUAUAAAUAAAAUUGCCUUACUGGUUGUU